CCACUCAUCACCCACAAAGACAUCAGCCACCUGCCUCCCCGCCCCCAGCGCCUCCAGCACAGUCCUCCUGGGGACGAUGUGUGGACAAGCGAGUGCAUGGAUGCGAUCUGUUGAUUAUCUCUCUCAGUACAGGAGCGUUAGUGCCCAGGAGCGCUCGAGCUAUAUUGACAAUUCGCUGGUGAAUGGACCAGCGCUGGUUGAUGUGUCUGGCGGGUGCUCUCCAUGACUAAAUGAGUCCAUCGAGUGUCCGUCACUCCCGUCUGUCUGUCUGUCUGUCUACCCCCUGAUCUCGCUCUCCAUGCCCUUCUUGAUCUGGGCUAUCUUGUCGUCGAGCGUCGGCAUCGCACGCCAGGCCUCCUCGGUCGCAAUCGGCAGGACCCUCCAUCCCUCAUGCUGAGCCACACGGUACCUGCCAUGGCAGGCAGGCACCACACACGCCAAUACCCACAGAGAUAUAACGACAGACACGCAAACAGAGGGAGGGCCGAACGAAUGAAUGGUCGCGCACCUCACCUCCACUUCUGGACGGCUCUCCUCUGUGUCUUGUGGUUCAUGUAAAAGGCAUCGGGGGUCUCACAGGCAUACACCACCUGUGGACUCACACAGCACAACACAACACACACACGAGACGGUGAAUGAGCCAGCAACAAUGCUGCUAUGGCAUGGCCACAUAGGCGGUGCGGUGCAGCGCAGCUGCCACCCACUGGUUGGCCGACCUGACCUUCUUGUCUGCAUCUCUGAGUGAGUGGUGGAAAAGGCCGAUGAGGGCGGGGGCGGUGUCGUGGGGCACCUCCAUGGCCUUGAGCGUCGCCGACACGUCCUUCUCAAAGGCUGACAGGUAGGUGCUCUCCUCACCCUGACAGACAGACAGACACCGAACACACACUCACACAGAUCGAUGGCCGGCAGGCUGCGACCCUCGUCUGUCUGUCCCUCACAGGCGACGCUUCGUAUGUGUGGGUGGGUGGCGGCUCGUGUGCCUCCGAUCCGUCGACCACCACAGACAGGAAAUCGCGAGAGCGAAGGUCGAACUCCUCGUAGCCGCCCUUCCGCUGCACACACCAUGGCCACACGCACCCCACACAUGAGAGUGCUAUGACGUGUCCGCUGGUGUGUGCCUAGCUACAUGGUGCUUGUAGAGGUAAGUGGCCAGCUUGAGGGUGAGCAUGUCGUUGUUGCCGAGGUCCAUCUCGUUGAGCGAGCAUACGUUGACGAGCCGGGUCAGCACGGGGGCGUCCAUACGCCGCGACAAGACGCACGCCAACACACCCACAGCGGCAGUGGGACCGUCCACCGUGUCGGCAUAGACCUGCAGGGUGUCCAGCAGCACACCUGUCACACCUACACAUACACACCCACAACACAACACAGUCCAGUGGGCUCUCUCUCUCUCUCCUCUCUCUCCCCAACCGCCAGCCAAUCACCGCUCUGCACGUCUUUGUCCCUGGUCCGAUCUCCCUCGAUGGUGCACAUAAGCAGAUGGCCCAAGGCCUCCAGAGCGGCUCUCCCCUCCCCCUCAAGCGCCACAGCCGCCUGCACCCUCUCGGCCGCCUGGCGCAUCAUGGCCUCGUCGACGAGGACGCCACUGCCGCUGAACAGCCGAAGCACCAGUGACAGAUCCGUCAACGGCAGGCUCUGCACCUGAACACACAGACACCAUCCGACGAAUCAAUCAUGGCGCCUGCUCCCUUGCACGUCUUUCUGUCACAUUCUGACCUGUGUAAGGGUUGCUGGAUCGUCCAUCACAGCCGUGUACAGGUUCUUGACGUACUCAGACGACCGCCUCCACUGUGUUGCCUCGCGCACCCGCUGCUGCACCGCAUUCAUGAGCUGAUCCGCCACCGAUAUGGACUGAUCAAAGACGGGCGCCGACUGCCCCUGAGGCCCCUCCAUCUCUCCAGCAGUUUCGCCCUCGCUGUCACUGGUGUGUGCCUGGUGCGACACUGCUGAUGCUGAUGAUGUUGCCUCUGCUGCGGAUGACAUGUGCCUUGCCCGUGGCAUGGCGUGAGAGGGGAGGGAAGGAAGUGGGCAGAGGGAUGAGUUGCACGGCAGAUGCAGCGCGGGAAGCGGCUGGAGGGGCCGGGAGGCAGGCCGACACAGAUGCCGGGCGGACCGCAUUCGCAGAUCACCAAUCCACGGGCUCUCACACGACGCAACGUGUGCAGGCUCCCCGGUCGGUCGCUGCCCUCUUCUCCUCGCUAAGCGGCACGCAUGAGAGCGGCCAACUCGGCUUCCAUCGUCAACUCAGAUCUCACACAGGUGCCUGCCCUCUGAACCACGCACGCAACAAACAGCGAUAUGAGUGGAUCUGUGUGUUUUUCGGGUGGGAUCGAUUCGUUUGCCCCACCUGAUGAUAAUGCUCUUGAAGGCGCCAAGCGGAAGGCCUUCUCGC